AUGACGACCCUGACUGACAAGGAUACUGAAGCGCCAAAAUCAAACAUCCCGUGUGACAUCGAAUUAAACAUCGAACACUUUCAACUGAUUAAUGAUGAUGACGACGAAUGGCUGUCAUCCUACGUUUCAAAGAUGGAGGAAAUGGCAGAAAAGUAUACUUCAACAGCCGACACGUUUGGUAGAAGUACAGAUACUAUAGUCACUGUAACCAAUACAGAAGUCAUAUGCAGUAAUGCAGACACCAGUUCCACUGGCUGUGUUUCAAUAACUAGAACUAAUAACCCCAUGUUUUUUUGUGAAAAUGAAAAACCCUCCCAUUCUCUAAACAGUACUGUCCACGUCAGUGAUCUGACCAACACAACAAGCACAGAGGUCAGUGCUGAUCAAACAUACAGGGCAAGUUCCCAUAUUGGACCUGCUGAUGAAACCACUAGUGAGAUCCUUGCCAACAAAACAAACAAUUCCUGUUCUGAGGUUACUCGGACUGAUCAAGAUAGUGGCCGGAUUCCUCAGGUCAUUAUUGACCACGCAGAUGAGACAACACCCCUGGAAAAGUUUCGCCCGGGCUACCUGUGGGUGUCAGAUCUCACCAAGCAAAACUGGUGUGAACAGCAGUUAUUGUACAGUUUCACAGUCCCUGGGGUUGUUGUGGAGGACCCAGUUAUGACAAAAGGAUCUGACCUGCACCUUCAGAGGGAGCUUGCAGUUCAUGAUGUUGUUCAUGUUGAUAUCACAUCUAGUGAAGAUAUCUGGGCUGUGAAGUUGUUGAACCUACUAAAUUCAAUACAGACAUUUCUCAGUGGUGCACCACUCGCUAGGGAAGUUCCGAUAUUUGGAGCACCUUUUCAUGAAGAUGUCUUCCUAGUAGGGCUUAUUGAUGAGCUGAGAUUUGACUUAGAAACAUAUGCUAUUGGUUUGUCGGAACUUAAAACUAGACUUUCAAAAUCUAAGCCGUCUAAAUCUCAAGAGAGACAACAUCGAUUACAGGUUAUGUUAUAUAAAAAGCUAUUUGAUGAUCUUGUGAAAGGAAAUAUUUCAAAAGAUGUUGUGGCCCGUCACCUCAGAUUGAAGUUGACAAAAGUGUUGGGGGAGAGUGUUCAAGAGGAACUAGGAAAGUCGGGGCUGUCAUGUAAAACACUUGAUACCUUACUAGAUAUUGUUUUUGGACGAAUGGCGGCAGUCACAUGCAUUGGAGAAACUAGCAUUGAAUAUGUCCACCAGGGGUCAGGGCAGUCAUUUCUCCACCAGGAUGUGGUCUAUGAUGAUGAGGAACUGAAGAACAUGUACACUCAUUACUUGGAAUUCUGGCGAGGACAAAGGGCCGUAGAAGGUGUUGAUAUUGAGGAUGCGUGGAAGUGUCAGCGAUGUGACUACGAGUCUGUUUGUGAAUGGAGACAAGUCAAGGCAGCUGAAUGUGCUAGAAAGAACAAACUAGGUAGAAUUUAA